GCCACUUCUUCCAUCCGACGCCGUAUCCUUUCACUGUACGCUGCUUUGGAUCGUUUCAUUUUUUUUCAUUCGUUUCGUUUUCAAACGUUGUCACUCACCAUACUGCUUUGUUAGCAACCUUUUUGAUCUAUUUCGUAGCUGUCCAAAAUCCACCAUGGCCUCCAACAACACCAACGAAACCCCCUUUGAAUUGCACAUGUCAGCCCUCGAAGCCAAAGUGGAAGAAAUCGACGCCAUUGGCUGCCUAAUUAUCAAGGGGCUCCCAAGUGACCCCGAAGAAGAUUUCACAGAGGAGCUUACGGAAGAGGAGAUGGCCACCGUCACCAUGGAAGAGUUGAACACCAUGCGACGGGUCUUGAUCACGAAGAGUCGUGAACAGCAGCUCGAAGAGUUCCACGAGUUUGUCCUGGGGGGGCAGGCGGAUAAACACCUCCUAUUUUACAACAGGAUGUUUGGCGAACGUGUCAGAUAUAGAUUUUAUCAUUUCAAAGAUUGCAUGUACAAGAACAAACGAUUGAAGAAAAAGUUUGAUAUGUUGUUUGCCUACACAUGGCAUCUCAUCUGCCACGAUAGUUGGAUGCAUUUGAACUAUGGCAAUAUCGAAGGGAUGGUCUCGGACCUCGCUAAGAUGUGAAGGGCACUCCUAAGAAAAAGCGACGAGGAUCUCGGCAUCGACCCAGAGUACACCCGCCCUGGUGUUCUUCAGCUCCUCGAGGACUUCAAGGACCGCGUCGAGUCUGUCGAAGCUGAUCCCGAAUUGGUAUUCCGCUUUGAGUAGACAAGUAUCAUACUCGCAUUGUCCUCACCAUUCGUAGAUUGCACAUCGAUUGUGGAAAAUGGGCACCGGUCAUCGGACUCCAGAAAAGCAAAGAGAAGUAUGCAUGCGGUAAAAUACUACUAUAAACUAUCACUUUUCUU